AGGCCACCUCCCGUCACAAGUGUGUCUCAGACCGCAGACAUGACCAGCGACCUCGUCCACGUCCUGCUGGGGGUCGUCAGCCUCACCCUCCUACACACAGGAACUGAGGCCCAGAUGUGUGAAGUCAUCACCAUCAUCCGAGAGACUCAGAAUAGCUAUGACUGCAACUUCACCGCCCAGACCAUCAUCCCUAUGAAUGGUCUCGACCUCGUCUUCGGGUUCGACGUUGCCCCGACCGGCGUGUCUUUCUGGGAUGGCGGCAAAGAGGUUAUAGACUCCACCCACUACAAGUUCACCAACGAUAAGUUCUUCGAGACGGGACUGUACGUGGCAGAGCACUUCCAGGUGACUUACGACGGCGAGAAGCCCAACAUCAUCAGUAUUGAGCUGGCCGGGUACGAAGUCUGUGAUGGCACGCUUGGCUGGACCACCGAUGCUCCCUUCACUAACCCUUGUGAGCCAACAGGCAUGGGGAAAUACGACUACGCCCAGGCUCUGUGUGAGUCCUUCUUGUUCUACGAGGCUCAAAGGUCAGGAAAAUUACCAAAGGACCAACGAGUUGAACCCUGGAGGUGGGACUCUGCCAUGGACGACGGUGCUGAUGUGGGCCAUAACCUUACUGGCGGCUACUACGACGCUGGUGACCACGUCAAGUUCGGCUUCCCGAUGGCCUACACAGCCACCGUCCUGGCCUGGGGACUCAUAGACUUUGCUGAAGGAUACGAGGCAGCUGGUCAGACGGACUACGGUCGUGCGGCCGUCAAGUGGGCCACUGACUACUUCCUCAAGGCCCACACCGCUGAGUACGAACUGUACGGCCAGGUUGGCUCUGGAAACAUAGACCACAGCUUCUGGGGACGCCCUGAGGACAUGCAUAUGGAGCGACCCGCCUAUAAGAUCGACAAAGAAGCUCCAGGAACUGAAUUGGCUUGUGAGACCGCCGCCGCCCUCGCUGCUGCCUCCCUCGUCUUCAAGAAGGCUAACCCCGACUACUCGGCUGAGAUGUUGGAGGUGGCCAAGGAGCUCUAUGCCUUCGGCGACGAGUACCGUCUGGAGUACCACAAGUCCAUCCCUGACGCUGCUGACUUCUACAGGUCGUGGAGCGGGUACGGAGACGAGCUGCUGUGGGGCGCACUGUGGCUGUACCGCGCCACAGGAGACGACACCUACCUCACCAAGGCUCAGGAGGCCUGGGAUGAGUUUAACCUGGCAGAAGGCGCGCUGCAGUUCUCCUGGGACGACAAGAAGGCUGGCGCCUAUGCGCUGGGCUCGAUGGUGGACCCAGACAACACUAUGUACGCUGAUGCCCUGAAGGCCUUCCUGGAGUACCUGAAGAACGACGCCAAGUACACUCCAGGCGGCCUUAUCUUCCUGGACCCGUGGGGCUCCAACCGUCACGCCGGCAACGUUGCCUUCAUUUCUCUCUGGGCGGCCAAGUACGGAGACCCAGCAGACGCGGACGCCAACAGGGAGUGGGCUGAGGGCCAGAUCGGUUACAUCCUGGGUGACUUCGGUCACUCCUUCGUCGUGGGCUUUGGUGUAGACCCUCCCUCACACCCCCACCACCGCUCCAGCUCCUGCCCGAUACCACCAGAUUCCUGCCUUAACAACCAAUGGGGUCAGAACCAGCCGGGACCCAACCCUCACACCCUCUACGGCGCCGUCGUCGGUGGACCAGAUUCGGGUGACGGCUACACCGACAAGCGCAUGGACUUCCAGCACAACGAGGUGGCCUGUGACUACAAUGCCGCCUACACUGGGUGUCUGGCCGCCAUUAUCGAGAGUAAAUAAAUAAUGAAGCUCUUUGUCCACUGAUUUAUUUAAUUAUUUUGUCAUUUUAUUACUUACACUUCCAAUUCGUCUUUAUUUUUUCCAUAAUAAAUACACGAGAAAAUAAA